UUAUAAGGCGGGGGCCGGGCGGCGCCGGGGGAGGGGCUGCGGCCGCCGGGCCACCUCCGAGGCUCUCCAGCGGCGCGGGGAGGGCGAGAGAGCGCAGCGCAGCGCAGCGGCAGCUGGAGCCGGGGAGCGCGCCGAGCGGGCCAUGGGCAAGUCAGCUUCCAAGCAGUUUAAUAAUGAGGUCCUGAAGGCCCACAACGAGUACCGGCAGCAGCACGGCGUCCCCCCACUGAAGCUCUGCAAGAAACUCAACCGGGAGGCCCAGCAGUAUUCGGAGGCCCUGGCCAGCACGAGGAUCCUCAAGCACAGCCCGGAGUCCAGUCGCGGCCAGUGCGGAGAGAACCUGGCAUGGGCCUCCUACGAUCAGACAGGAAAGGAGGUGGCUGAUAGAUGGUACAGUGAAAUCAAGAACUACAACUUCCAGCAGCCCGGCUUCACUUCUGGGACUGGACACUUCACGGCCAUGGUGUGGAAGAAUACGAAGAAGAUGGGAGUGGGGAAGGCAUCUGCAAGCGACGGGUCUUCCUUCGUGGUGGCCCGAUACUUCCCGGCAGGGAAUGUCGUCAACCAGGGCUUCUUUGAAGAAAAUGUCCUGCCUCCAAAGAAGUAAUUCAUUAAACGUAAUGGGAAGGUGGCAGACUGAGCGUGGAUACGAAGUUCCUAGAACAACAAAAACUCAGCGGUGUGUCUGUCCCUGUGGGUGUACGCGCUUGGUGUGUGUGUGAUGCAUGUGUGAGUGUCUCUUGCACCACACGCUUGGAUAUACGGUUAUGCAUGAACUUAUUCUUAUCAAAGGAAGGAGCCAAUGAAGCCUUUAUCCUAAUGGUUACCUAGACCACAAUAAUUUGGACUUCAGGGGGAAAAAAUCAACUUUAAAACGUUUGGUUGGUUUUUGUUUUUUAAGCAAACUUUUUUUUGUAUAUUUCUUAUAAUAUCCAUCCCUGGUCUUUUUCUAUUCCAAAUGUUUGCGAUGCUUAGAAGUGGAGUUCAUUUUGUGUGAUCUUCUUGCAUUGUAAUCUACUUUUGGUAGAUACUUAGGAAUAUUAAACUCGCGUGUAAAUGUAACAUAAAACAGCUUUAAACACAUAAACAUAAAGCAGCUUCCAUUGGAAACAUGGGGCGGGCAGCAACUCCAUUUCACAGCAUCGUUGGGAUUUCUCCGUUGUAAGACAUGAUGUCAUCUGCUUGCCUCCUGGAAUUCUCUGAUGGGAAUGCCAAAGAACAAAUGGAGAGAAAAUUUUACUUCCUCGCAUUUUCUACCUUUAAAUAGCAAACUAGCGCCACUACCACCACCCUUGCCCCCUCCCACCUUUUUUCUUAAAACCCUCUGGCAUUGAAGAGCUCAGUAUGUGCCUUCUGGUUUCUAAGGCCUUGGGUCAGGCCCGAAGCUGCCCCCUCCCCCACCCCGGCCAGGUGGCCCAGGGCCUGUUCUGGGAGAAAGCCCCUCACAAGGCCUGGGCUCGCGGCCAAGCAUCCAACAGAUGAAGUCAGUGUGCGUGGGGGUGAGUGUGAGCUCACCAGGGCCCCCAGAGGAAGCCCUCCAGCCUCUGCCCUCCCCUCACACACAGGGCGGGAGCCGGGCCUGUUCCUGGCGGCUGUGGCUGCAGCUGUGCUGGCGGCCCCUCCAGGAAUGUGUGACAGGCCCAAGCGUUCCAGGGAGAUAUCCCGGGUGGGGGGUUAGAAUCGCCAAUUGGCUUCUGUGUUUUGCCUCAAACUACACAAAGUUCCCCUGAAUAACAAUUUCACAUGGUCCAUGUGGGAAGAACCAACCCAGAUGCCAGGCUGAGUGGCGUGAAACUGGCAUCUCGAGUCCUAAGAUAGCAAGGGUGGGAGUUGGAAGGCUGCCGGCUUAAAGACAGAUGUCUGAGCAGGCCAGUCAGGAAACGUGCUUCCUGAAGGUCUGUGUUACACUGUGAACGCAGCCUCAUGCUGUGCCCUUCGUUUCACCCAGGGAUGUUGACUAAGACAACAAUAAAAUCUUUUUCUUUGGUGUAA